AUGUUAUAUAUAUCUCGUGCAGCUCUUGUGUUCGCUGUCGCAGUUUUAGGCGUUUCUGCCCAAUCUCGAAGUAACGAUACCGAGGUACCAUUUGGUCUUCAGAGCCCCAGUGGAUUUACUCAGUGCAAGAACACUACGAUCCUAUGGCAAGGGGGGAAACCGCCGUACAAAUUGACUAUAAAGCCUGUGUGUAGUGCUGGACAGAAUGCUUCGGAAGAAGUACAUAAUGUAUCUACUUCAGCUGGCUCAACAUCUCUCGAACUACCCAUCCGCUUUGCCAAAGACACCCCUUUGAUCGUAUCUAUAGUCGAUAGCUCCAAUAUGCAAGCAACUGCUCCCCAGGUCACCGUUGCAUCUGGCGAUGUGGAUGAUUCCUGCACCGCCCAAAUUGCUUGUACGGAUGUCGUUCAAGCACCAAGUGUGCCUGUCGCAGCCGCCAGCACAACCAACCAACCAUCCAGCACUGACUUCCCUACUGAUCAACUUGUUACUGCUGCCCCUUCUGAUACCACGGUUCAAUUUCGAUCUACGACCGAUUCGAGUGGAUCCACAAUGGUCAUUGUAUAUUCUUACGCAACCCCAUCCCUGGAUCCUACUACCAUUACCUCGGCCGAGACAUCUCUGGAGACUCAAUCCAACUCAGCUCUUUCGAGUCGUCACCCAAGAUUGGUUAUUCUAGGGCUCAUGUCGAUUUUUGUUACGCACUUGGUCCUUGGGCACUGGUGA